AUGGAGAUCAACAACUUGGUGCAGCUCCCGACAUACAUGCGGGAGGCCAAUAGGGGUUUGUUCGAGCCUAGAGUGGUCUCCAUCGGCCCCUAUCACCAUGGCAACAAGAGCACCAGCAAUAUGGAAGUUCACAAGAACCGAUUCUGCCGUAGCUUCUUGCAGCGGCUGGGCAAUGUGAGCCAUCAAGAUGCAAUUGACCACUGUAUCGAAGGAGCUUUCCGGUGCUACAGCGGCAAUGUUGGCUUGUACACCGCGGACAUGCUCACGCGUGACGGGUGCUUCAUCGUCGAGCUCCUCCUCCAGUGGAGAGAGGGAGACCAUGCCCAUGUCGACAAUCACAUGCAGUUGAUGUCGAACAGCAUAUACUACGACCUCCUCCUGGUCGAUAACCAAAUACCGUUCUUCGUUCUCGACAGGCUUUUCAAUGAAUUCAGGAGGCACAUGGGUGCAAAUCCUGUCUUCAACAAUGACUCCCAGUUGGUUGACCUAGUAACCGAAUUCUUCAACAACAGGCAGGGUCAGUUUUCCUGGGCUAAUUUGGACCAGUUGAGGCUGCCAGAUGCGACGAAUCAGCAGAUUCGUCAUUUGCUUGAUCUUCAGUACAAGCUUGUCAUCAACAACAACAUGGGGAUUGAACCAAAUAAUCGUAAUUGUCCAUUUAGCCUGUGCAUCAACAUCUGUCCCAAUACGAUUGUGCCACGAGGAAUCCCAGCGGCAAGCGAGCUACAAGACAACGGUGUGAGAUUCCGAGUGAGGGGAUUGAGUGAGCAGGUCAAAAUGUUUGACGCGACAUUUCAGGGUAAGAUCAUUAGGAUCCCUCGUUUUCAGAUAAAUUUCGGCUCCAAGAUCCUACUGGCAAACCUCUUCGCUUACGAUCAAAUCAAGGGAGAACCAGCUGACAACGGUGCUGCUGUCGGACCUGUGACAAGCUACGUGGUGCUCAUGAACGCGCUCAUCAACACCAGAGAAGACGUCGCGGUUCUCCAGAGGAAGGGCAUCCUGGACAACCUGCUGUCGAACGAGGACGAGGUGGCCUCCUUCUUCAACGAGCUCGGCAGGUGUGCGUUGGUGGAUGUGAGCAAUCACCGGUACACUAGCAUGUUCGAAGAUGUCAACAGGUACUGGAGGAAUGGGUUUUGCUGCAAGUACUUCGCGAUCUGCUGCAUGAGGCAUUGCAAAAACCCGUUGACUUGCCUCUCGUUACUGGCUGCAUUCCUACUCUUGAGCUUUUCUUGUACCUCCAUGGUCUUCGCCAUUCUCAAGUACUAUACACGUGGCUAG